CGCGCCCGCACCCCCCGCGCUCGCGUCCGGGGCGCCGCCGGCCCGGAGGUCCCGGAAGUCUCGUUCCUGCUGCUGCCGGCAUUCGCGAGGGGAAACCCGGGCCGCCCGGGACCUCGGCCCGCUCCUCCGGACCCGAGAGGCCGCCGCACCGGUUGCCGCUCCAGAUGCUGCUGCUGCCCCCGCGGCCACCCCACCCUCCGUCCUCCUCUCCGGAGCCCAUGGACCCACCGUCCCCCAAGGCUCCCCCUUUCCCCAAGACGGAAGGGCCUUCCUCCACUCCUUCCUCAGUGGCGGGGCCCCGACCCCCACUGCUGGACCGACACCUGCUCAUCGACGCCAACGGGGUCCCUUACACAUACACAGUGCCGCCGCCUGAGGAGGAGCCCCGGCCCCCGCCCCCGCGAGUGUCACCCCCACCAGAGCCCAGCCCUCGAAAGGGCUACAGUUGCCCGGAGUGCGCUCGUGUCUUUGCCAGCCCUCUGCGGCUGCAGAGCCACCGCGUGUCGCACUCGGACCUCAAGCCCUUCACUUGUGGUGCCUGCGGCAAGGCCUUCAAGCGCUCCAGCCACCUGUCCCGGCACCGCGCCACGCACCGUGCCCGGGCGGGCCCGCCGCACACCUGCCCACUCUGCCCACGCCGCUUCCAGGACGCGGCGGAGCUGGCGCAGCACAUGCGCCUCCACUAAGUCCAGACCUGCCCUGGGCCUCGGCGUCCGACCCACACAGCGACACAACCACACACACUCCCCGGCCCUGCUGAGGCUACUGCCUUACCCCAGGCCUCAGUUUUCCUAUCUAACCAAAGGGAGAACCGUCAUUCCUUCAUCCAUUCCCUCCCUUUCUCCCUAGUUGUGUGAUGUAGAUCAAGUCGUUGACCCUCUCUGGGCCGGGGAACCAAUCGCAGCUGGGUUCCAGCCCAGCUGUGCUGUGUGAGCAUUUGCAAAUGACUUAACCUCUGUGAGCCCCGGCUUUCUGCUCUGAAGUGGUGAAAGGUUGUCCGCAUAGAUUUGACAAAAGCACGGGCACAGCUCCUGUCUGUAUCUUCCCCUUCCGCCCAUGCCCCUCACCCUUUGCUCAAUAAACAUUCCACACUUC